AUGUUAUAUAUACGUGUUAUGCAAUCUAAAGUAUUUCACAUAACAUUACGUAAUAAACAAAAUAUAUUUAUUUAUAAGAAUUUAAUUCAAAAUCGUUUAUAUUGCAAUACUAUAGGUAAAGAAAUACCAAAUCAAAAGUUUAAUAAUCAAAUUGAAUGUUCAAACUUGUUAAUUAAGCAUGAUUUGAAUGUAAAAUGUAAUAAUAAACCAUUCAAUAAUUUACAAUUCAAUUUAUCAAAUGAUAUCAUAUCUAAUUCAUUGUCAAAAUGGAAAAAUAUACUAAUAUGUAUAAGUAUAUUAUUAGGAAGUGUUACAAUUAAGAGUCUGUUUAACCGUAAUUAUAUAAACCUUCCAUUUAAAACUGCUUAUUCACUAGAGCAAGAAGUGGUAGAUGAAAUGAAAGAAGACGAUUCAAUAAAUAAUGAACCAGUUAGAAAAAAGAAAAAAAUUGGUUUUAGAGAAAGAAGAAUAAUUGAGUAUGAAAAUAGAUUAAGAGCAUAUUCAACACCAGAAAAAAUAUUUCGUUAUUUUGCAACAUUAAAAAUUGCCGGUGAUGAUAGUCAAGUUUCAAUGACACCAUUAGCCUCCCGUUUUUCAGAUAUCUAUAUGACUCCGGAAGAUUUUGUUAGAUCAAUAACUCCUGGUGUUAUGCAGCCAAAAAAUUUAGGCCUUGAUAAAUAUCAAAUUUACCAUGCGGAUAAAUAUAAACAUGAAUUUUCUGAUAAGAAAAGUAUAUUUUAUAAAUUAGGUGAACAUGGUUUAAUUAACUAUCAUGAUUAUUUAUUUCUAUUAACACUUAUUUCAACACCACCACAAGAUUUUCUUUUGGCAUUUAAAAUAUUUGAUCUUAAUGGGGAUGGUGAGUUGGAUGAAGAAGAAUUUUUUGAAGUUCAAGAACUUGUUUUGUCACAAACUAUGGUUGGUCAAGGUAUUCAAAGAAGUGGUAGUAUAGCUCAUAAUGCAAAAAAACGAGUUAAUUCAGCAUUAACUUUAUAUUUUUUUGGAAAAGAUGGAAAAGGAAAAUUAUCAAUUGAAAAAUUUUUAAAAUUUCAAGCUCAAUUACAUAGAGAUAUAUUAAAAAUUGAAUUUGAGAGACGUGAUCCAGAAAGUUAUAAAGAAGAUAAAGGUGUAAUUUCUGAAAUAAGUUUUUCAGAACUUUUACUUAUUCAUGCAUGUCUUAGUGAAAAAAGAAAAAAAAGAAUGUUAAAAAGAGUUAGAAAAGCAUAUAAAAAUAAACCUGAUAAAGUAGGUGUCUCAUGGGAUGAAGUAGUAUCAUUUUUUCAUUUUUUAUAUUAUAUUGAUGAAGUUGAUUUAUCUCUUGAAUAUUAUAAAUUAGCUGGAGCAUCAUUAAAUAAAAAAAUGAUUAAAAAAGUAGCUAAGAAAGUAGCAAAUGUUGAUUUGACAGAUAAUGUUGUUGAUAUUAUAAUAACAUUAUUUGAUGAAGAUAAUGAUGGUUGUCUAUCACAUAAAGAGUUUAUCUCUGUAAUGAAAGAAAGAAUAAAAAGAGGAUUGGAAUCACCGAGAGAUACAGGUUUAUUUCGUCUUUUUGACGCAUUAUAUACUUGCCUUAAACAACAAUGGGAUUUUGUUCAAUUUUAG